CAGCUUCCUGCAAACACAAACAAUCAGCAUAGCAAUAAUAAUGCCAAUAUAUAAAUGAAUGGUUCAAAACCAAAAAAAAAAAAAAAAUCAGAGUAGACACUUUAUUCAAGUGUUGCGGAAAUGGUACACUAAAUCAUUUGUUUUGAAUUCACUUUUUAUAGCCGUACAAUCACACUGAAGACAACAUUAACACACUUUGAAAUUCUUCCCCUGACACAAACAUUACAAAACUAAAACGAGUAUCUCUAAAAACAACGGAACUAUUCUCAUGAUUUUGAUCUUCACAUUUAAGUUGCAAUGGUAUUUACUGAAAGAAACAGCUGCAAAAUUCAGGGAGAAAAAAUUACUAAAAAUGAAAUAUGUGGGUUGGUAAAAUUGCUUACCGCACACUGUGGCAAGGAUGUUUUUGCCAGCACAUUUAGAGCUAAAUACAUCUCAUACUACAAAAUAGAUUAUUUACUGCCAGGACCAUGUAUAACAGCUAUUUUGUCUAACUUCUGGUAAAUCAUUUUAAAAACUGAUCCAGUGAGAAUCAAGUGCCACAAUUUUAAAAAAUUAGCACAGAACAUAUUUUCUGAUUUAAAUAGCAGAGCCAGGAGUUCAAAUUUUACUGUUUCACUUCAACUUAACUCCUUCCUGGAAGGGUAUACAUCACACUUUAGGUGUGACAAGCUAGAUGGGAUCAGCUACCACUUCAGCGCAGAUCAGUAUCACAAAAUGUGCACCUUUCAAACAGAAGGUCGUACUGCACUUAUGUCAUAUGAUGCUAGCCUGGGGCCAGAGCUAUAUACUGGCAAAGGAAAAGGGAAGAAAUCAGCCUAAUUACUGACUGACAAUCCUUUAUAGUUUCCAAUUUCAGAAUCAGCACUAUUAUUAUCCAACUAUACAGCUUUUGUAAUGAAAACAAAAACCUUUCUGCCUUUACAGUAAGUAAAAUGGAAAUCUUCUCAAAUAUAAUUUACCAGGGCAGCAAGACGAACAGAUGUACAUGAAGUGAUAUGCAAAAAUGAUUCAUGAGAAAAACAGUUCCACGCUGAUUCCUAAACCCUUCAAUGUAAAGCUACUGACAGAUGGCAGCGACAUUAGCAUGAAGAAAAGUGAUCAGAGUGGUUUGCCAGGAUGGGAGAUCGCCGUUCUGGUUAUUUGUGUAGCACUGGGCGUAGGUUGCAUUAUAUUCGUAUGCAUCACAUGCAUAAGAAAACUUUGGAAGGAACGAAAGAAAACAGCCAAGUAUCAAAAAAUGGCGAACAAGUUCUCUGUGAAUUACAAAACAAAAACCCACAGACCAAUUACUCAUUUGUUAAAGAGACAAAAUCACGUCGACUAUGGUUAUCAAAAAAUGCCACCAAACUGUGACCCAGGACUGGGACCGCACUGUCACAGGGACGGUCUUGUGUGUCAUGGAGAAACAGAUCUAAGAGAUUACCAAUAUUCGCCUCUGAUACUUAGACCAAAGGCCUCGAGUCAUAACGGCUCUGAUGAUGGGCGAUCUGAUAGAAGUUCUAUUUCACACACUCCCACAAAGGAAAAAUAUCACCGAAAGGCAUAUUUUACGUGGUCUCGACAAUCCUCUUGCAGCGAUCCCAGCAACCUUUUAUUGAGCAAUGGCAAAGAUCAUACAAGCAGCAGCCAAUCGCGCUCUGCUAGUCCAAUCCCAAGAAGUCGAAGCCGAACUCCAACACCACCUUCACAAGCAGAAGACGAUCUCAAAACCAAAUCUUGCAGGUCGAUGUCGCACCCUUCAAAUGAAUCUAUCGAGACAAGUAACUUGCUUACAGAACCUAAAAUGUCAGCACGGUCGUUCUCUAUGGUAGAGGUGCGCCAAUUACAGGAGAAACCCCCUCCUGGUUUGUCCAAUAAGUGGACAGUUCAUACAAUGUCAUAUGAUUCAGAACCUAAAAGCUGCACCGAGACAACAGAGGCACUGCAGACGACGCUUACCUUUUCUAUUGCGUAUCACUCAUCGGCGAAGUCCUUAGAGCUUGUUGUAAAUGAAAUGAUAGGCAUUCCUUCAAAAUUUGGAUUUGAUUGUUCUUCUUUUGUACAAAUUAAUCUAUUACCAAAGACAAAACAAAAAUUCUAUACAGAAUCGCAAAAAGGUACAAGAAACCCUCCUUUCAACGAAACAUUCCAUUUUGCCGAUAUCACUUCGGAUGAUCUAGAACGUUGCUCUCUCAGGUUAAGAGUGUACAUCAAAGAGCCAGGGAGAAGUCGGGAAACGUUUUUAGGAGAAGUCUUCUUCCUGUUGUCUCAAUUUACUUGGACAGAAAAUCUGCAGAGUUUUACACAGAAACUUAACAAAGGUCGCAGGAAAAAGGUGUCCACGGCAUCCCGUUAUAUGAAGAGAGAACUUGGCGAGUUAUUCAUAUUACUGCAGUAUCAAGCACAGGCUAAUAGACUUAAAGUGUUCGUGAGACGAGCGCAAAAUUUGCCUGGAGCCGACAGAAGAUCUCUUUUGUCACCAGAGUAUUAUGUAUCCGUAAAGUUGUCAUAUCACAGUAAGGUAAUCGAGAUAAAAGGGACCCACAGCCGGCAUGGUCAAAACCCAGUCUGGAACGAGCCCUUUCUUUUUAACGUAGCUGAAGGCCUACAACCAGAAAAUCUGACACUCGAUUUUUCUGUUAUGAGAGUCCACACCUACAGUAAGAAUGCAGUUGUGGGGCAUGUGCGAGUUGGAAUGAAUGCAUCCAAAGCAGGGAUUGCGCACUGGCAGGAGGCACUUAUGCCAAAAGGUCUGGAUACAGCCAAAUGGCAUAAGAUAGUGCCGGUUAUUGUCUACGGCACUUUAUAACAUGACUUUAUUUUUAAA